ACAGCGGGAGCUCGGGGCACGCGGACCUAAUCAGUUCUCUCCCAGUCUGGGCGCAGUGUGGAGGGUUAUUAUGCUCGAGCCUGGACAUGUCAAGCCAGUGUUCGCAUCUCGCGUUCGUCUGCAGUGACGGUGUCUUGUCAUCAUCAAUCCUGGGCAGCCUACAGUGUCGUCGCGACGCACUAUGGGAAAUCCGUCGUUGCUCACCUGCGCGUUCUAGCAGCUUUCGUUGUUGCAGCCGUACGAGAGAUGAACCCAGCAUAUUGGCGCGGAAAAUGAUCCGGCUGUAGAAAAUAAGCUGGCAGAUGGUUGCUGCCGGCUCGUCCUGAGCGGCAACAAAGUGAAAUACAAACCCUUUGCAGUGGAAAGGUUUUUGGUUAGCACACCGAUCAUCAUCGCGCACAACAGAAGUGGUGCUGUUCGCUGCAUCAAGUCGGUUCAGUUCAUCCGGUCAACGCCAGAGCAGUUUAUACACCGAGAAAAGCUUGUACCUCUAAGCAAACUACAGUUGCGGGUUGGAGUGCCGAGGGAAUCUUCACACCAGUUAGUCGGACCCAUACCCCUUGUGGUUAAAUGUCCUAUUUUCUUCGCUCAGCUUUGAUGUGAUAUUUUGGUGGAAACGAGCAACACCCUUAUGUGAACAUGCCAGCUCGAAAGGGUCUACUAGCACCCCAAAACACUUUCUUGGAUACCAUAGCCACACGUUUCGAUGGAACUCACAGUAAUUUUGUCCUGGGCAACGCACAAGUCCCCAACACCUACCCCAUUGUUUACUGUUCGGAUGGGUUCUGUGAACUUACCGGGUUUACACGGGCUGAGGUCAUGCAGAAGAGCUGUGCCUGUAAGUUCUUGUUCGGUAAAGACACUCCGCAGGAGAAAAUUGAGGAGAUUCAAACCGUGCUGGACAACCAAGAGGAGUACAAGACAGAGGUUAUCUUCCAGAAGAAAGACUUGACUCCAUUUUGGUGCCUUCUGGAUAUUGUUCCCAUAAAGAAUGAGAAGGCGGAAGUUGUUCUAUUCCUGGCAUCGCACAAAGACAUCACAAAGUCGAAAACAAUGAAUUCCGUGAACGGGCAUACAGGUGAUGGUGAAGACGAGGACGACGAGAACGAAGACGAAGAUGACACGAACAACUACCUCAGCGACAGUGACGAGCUCCCAUCAAACUACAACUAUGCCAGAAGGCGGAGCAGGGCUGUCUUGUACCAUCUGUCCGGACAUCUCAAGGAGCAAGAGAAGAAAAAACGGAGAAAACUUAAACUCAACAGUCAUAGCCUAUUAGCCCCCAAGAGGACAGUCCUUCCCGAGUACAAGGUGGCCGCCAUGAAGAAGUCUAAGUUUAUUAUCCUCCACUACAGCACCUUCAAGUCAAUAUGGGAUUGGUUGGUACUGAUAGCCACCCUCUACAUAGCCAUCGUAGUGCCAUACAAUGUAGCAGUAAAACCUCAGAAGCACACAGUCACAACAGUAUUAGAUAUCAUGGUGGAAGUUCUCUUUCUCACCGAUAUUGGUGUAAAUUUUACAACGACAUUUGUCAGCAAGACGGGUGUUGUGGUGUACGAGAGGAAAGAAAUUGCUAUGCACUAUGUCAAAACGUGGUUCUUCAUCGAUGUUCUUGCAGCCGUUCCCUUCGACUUCAUUGUUACAGUGUCCAAUAUCAAGACGGUUGCCACCAUUCAGCUGCUGAAGCUGGCUAGAUUGCUGAGGUUACUCCGCCUGCUGCAGAAGAUUGAGCGUUACUCACAGUACAGUGCCAUUACUUUAACAUUCCUGAUGAUUGCCUUUGCCCUGUUGGCUCACUGGCUGGGCUGUGUGUGGUAUGGAAUAGGAACUAUGGAGAGAGGAAACAUGGAAACCUGGAACCUCGGGUGGAUUAAUAACCUCGGAGUUGAUUUGAAUACACCCAUCGUCAGAAAUGACUCUGACAGCGGCCCAAGGGAUGCAAGCAAAUACAUAACGUCGUUGUACUUCACAUUAAGUAGCCUUACGAGCGUCGGCUUUGGGAAUGUCUCAGCAAACACGGACAUCGAGAAAAUCUUCACAAUCAUCGUCAUGUUGAUUGGAGCACUGUGCCACGCUGCAGUAUUCGGUAAUGUGACAGCCAUUGUGCAAAGGAUGUACUCCCGACGAGCACUUUAUCACCUCAAGUUGAGAGAUCUUAAAGACUUUGUACGUUCUCACCACAUUCCGGCAAACCUGAAGACGAGGAUGAAUGAGUAUUUCAACACCUCGUGGUCGAACAACAUGGGUAUCGAUACCAUGGAGAUGUUGCAUCGGUUUCCAGAGGAGCUGAGAGCUGAUGUCACAAUGCACUUGCACAAAGAGUUCUUACAAUUGCCUAUAUUUGGUGAGGCUAGCCAAGGAUGCCUUAGGUCAUUGUCUCUUAGGGUGAAAACGGGUUUCUGUGCACCUGGGGAGUACAUCAUCCAUCAGGGAGACUCCUUAAAUUCUUUAUAUUUUCUCCUCAACGGUUCAAUGGAGAUCUUAAGACAAGGAAUGGUUGUGGCAAUAUUAGGAAAGGGGGAUCUAUUUGGCUGUGAUCUUUACGACACAGAUACAUGUAUUCAGAGUAGUGGAGACGUCCAUGCGUUGACCUAUUGCGAUCUGAUGCUAGUUUCAAGACAUGAACUGCAAGAUGUGCUGAACAACUAUCCAGAGUACUUGUCCAAGUUCAAGGAAGAGAUUUCCAGAGAUCUGACCUUCAAUCUGAGGGAGGGGUGUGAUCAAGACCCAGACCCGUUUGCACCAGACUACGAAGACAGCCGCCCUUCCCGCCUCACUUCCAUCUCUGAACUCAACGACGAAGAGGAGGAAGAGGCCGCCCAUGCCGAGAAAGCCAAAGAUGUGGAGAGCAGAAGCGUUGCCACAGAAACCAUUGAAAUGAGGCCUCUAGACAAGAACAAGCAUAUGCUGCUAGAUGUCAACAACUCAGUGAACAGUGGCCUACCACCUGAUCUCAGCCCCAGGGUUGUUGAUGGGGUCGAGGAUAAUACCAACGAUUACAAGCGGGAGCACCGGUUUGAUUUUUCUCCCAACACCCACCAACAAGCCUCCAGACAUCACAGCUUGACAAUGGCUCCCAAGCAGAGACUCAUAAAUCAUUACAACUCAGGCAUGAGGCAGAGCUUCACAUCGCCUCAAUUGGCGCACGUUUCCCGGUCCAGGUCGGUGUCUUCAGAGUCGAUUUGUACAGAGGAUCUCAAGCACGAGAUUGAAUACACGAGAAAUAGCGUGGAGAGACUUGAUCGACAGGUAUCUAAUCUUAGCAAAGACGUGUCUAACCUUAGCCAAGACCUCAAGGCAGUUGUGCGUCUGCUUCAAGUCAUCUCGCCAGCGACUGCCUCGACUUCCAACCCAAGCGGGGUCAAUAAUGGUCCGCACUCCAGUCCCGUGAAGAGUCCCAACAACGGUGGUGGGUUCGUUGCCCGGACGAAGCCAGGUGCCAAGGAGACUCGUUUCGAAGACAUUGUCCACGUCCAAAGGAGAGACGGAGUCCUGGAGACGAGUCUUGGCAGCGGGAUUCUGGAGACGAGCUUAAGUAGUGGCCUUCCAAGCACAAGCAGCAUUCAUAAACCCCCGUCGUCGGCGUCAUUGCAGUCGCUGGUGGGAGCAACAGCCAAGCCAGAAGGGCCUGUGAGAGAGACAAACAUCAUCUUGUUCCAGGACCCUGAGCCGUCAGAGCAAGCGCAAGGCGGCAAAAAGGACCUUUUCGACUUUGAUUCUGAGAGUGGUACUGACUUGUGACAAUGAGAACCUCUGGAUCCUUCCAAAGUGCUAUACCUUCUUACUUCGAGUUCUGAACUUUGUGAAGACAUUUCGUACGCGUUUUUUUUUCAAAGUCUUUAUAAGUUUAUCUUCGUGAUUUUGUUGAGGGGUACAACUUGAUCUUGGUUGAGAAAGGAUGUAUCAAACUAAACCCAAAGUCGUUUGAACUUCAGUCCAUCCGACAUGACCGAAGUGACUGUUGCAUGCCCCUUGCGUUGAAUUUAGAAUAAGGCAGACCUUGCCGAAAACAUGAAGCACAAAAUAGACACCAGAUUAGGCCAAAUCUAUUUUGCCUUAAGGACGGGUCUUAAACCUUUUCAUUUAAGUCCAACUGUUUAGCGACCAGUGCAAUGAUGUAAUCGAAAUCAGAAACGCCAUUACAUUCAAAACUACUGGGGAGCUCACUUGCAGUUGUACGACCCCACUGAAAUACAAAUGUGAGGAAAGCCAGUUGAAGUUUUAGAGUGAGUGAAAGAAACUCAUAUUUAGGGGAAAGUCUCAAACAUUCCAGUAAUUGUGUGUGCAGUAUUUCUAUCAUGUUUACCUCAUUCGCGAAGGGGCUGUGGGUGCAAGCAUGUGUACAAUUUCGCACCUGCUUUCAUUCAUGACAUAUUAGCAGUAGGCACAAACGUGAAGCGUGUAAUUUUACCUUUCGCUGUUUUAGUACAGUAUACAUGGUAAUCAUGUUUAAUAAAACACUCAAAUCACAUAUGCCAGGAAAUCACUGAUAAAUCAAACUCUAAAAAACUCCUAUAUGUUCCUUUUUCCAAGGACUCACUCCAGGUAUUUUAUGAAAGCCAUGUGCCUCCUUUCAAACACCUCUAUUUGCUGAUUUUCUCUUUAGAAUUAAGUGAUAUUUCUUUUCUCAUCAGCCAUUUAGAACCCGCUCAUCAAUUUCAAUCCACGAGACUGACCCUUUUUUCCAGAAAUACGUAGUCGAAAUGUAAUUUAUUCAUCUCCAGAUUGCUAUGUACUGUGUUCCGUACAGCACAGGAUUGUUCACACUUGUUACUGGUGUCUCAAGAUUAUUUUUAGAUCUUCAAGAUUAGUUUAGUUCUUUCCUCUUCAUCGGUGUGCACUAGUUUGGAAUUAAAUAUAAGCCUUUCGUUAUUUGCGCUAAAUUAAAACUAUUUAUUAUGGUUUGGCCAUGUAAACAUCAUUUUUUUCUUCUUUUUUUAAAAAUUGUUUAUUGUAUACAGAGGCCCGGUGAUGGUUUUGUUUUGCUGUAUCUCUGCGUAUUAAUUUCAAUAUGAAGAAUUUAUUCAUUAUAUUAUUAGGUCCAGUUUAAUUUCUUAUAAAGAUAACAAUGUCUUUCCAGUCUGGUAUAAAAAUUGUGUGGGUUUUUGAUUAAUUGGAAAUCAUGUUUUGUCAACAUCAUAAAUACAGCUAUUUAUUUUAACACGGCAGUACUAAGGAUAAACAGGGCACAUAUCUAAUAUGUAGUACGCUAUACUGUAAGUGUCCCGAAUUUUAAAUUACAAUUAAGAUUCUGCGUCUGUCUAGUUCUUUGUCUGUACGCUAGUCUAUUUCAAACGAAAAACACGUAUUUGUAAAAAAAUAAUUUCUCUUUAUUUUAUCGCUCGCCGGUCUUAAUACGAAUGUAGUAAAUCUAAUGUACAGAUAUUUCAUACUUUCAUUUAUAACAAUCAGAUUUUGUACAUUUGUUCAUAUUUGGGUUUUAUAUAUAUUUCAGUCAUGUAAAGAACAAACGAAUGCUUCAUGUACACACUGUUAUUUUUCUCCCGAACAUGUAAAAUUGUACAUAUGACUUGCCAGUAUUUAUUCUUACUUCACACACUAUUAUGCUAUUAACAAGUAUAAAGAGCAAAGAAUAAAACAAAACGGGCAGAUGUCAUGCCUGUUGGGAAAAA